AUGAUCUUCAAAGUCAACUCACAGAAUUAGAUUCAAAAUUACAACUACAACUCUCAAUUAAGGAUUACAAAGAAAUUGAAAUUACACUUGAUUGCAUUAGCACUUACUUCAACUUCACAUAUAUACCCAACUACAUCUAUGACUUACUAGACUUACUAUCCCCAGACUGGGAUAUUGUUAACAACUAUGUACCUAAUACAUGA